AUAGACUAUAUAUACCUAAAGUUUAUACGCUAUUAUUUUUUUCACCCUGUAUGUAAUAUACUUCUUAUAGUUUAAUAUUCUUAAUUUGUAUAAGGCAGAUUUUAAGUGUUUCUGAUUUACGUAUAGUUAAAAAAACACACUUUUUGAUAAGAUAAUCGAAAAUAUUAAUAUUCAAAAUAGUAUAAAUUGAAGAACUAAGUCUGUUUGAGUUACACCACCAGAAAGAUGUUUGGGUUGUCAGUUAUAACUGUACUUUUAGGGCUCUGCACCAUCUUUGCAGCCUCUGGGCAGAGUACCUUAGAGUUAGUGCAUGUGUUGUUUAGGCAUGGAAAUAGAAAUCCCGAAGAGAGCUCAUUGUAUGAGAGCGAUCCCUUUUACAACGAGAGUUUCUACAGAGAAGGCUAUGGACAGCUUACCAAUGAAGGAAAACGAACCGAAUACCAAUUGGGAACUUUAUUACGUAGAAGAUAUAACAACUUCUUAGGCCAGGAAUGGAAUAUUAACUAUUUGGACGUGAGAACCAGUGACUACAACAGGACCAAGAUGUCCGCUUUGUUAGUCGUGGCUGCUUUGUAUCCACCAAGGAGAAGAGACGUAUGGUCACCUUACCUCGACUGGCAACCCAUACCAUACAACUACAAACCGUCAUCAAGUGAUAAGGAACUCUUAGCUUUUUCUGCCUGUUCCAAUUUCUAUACCGAAGUAUAUUCCCUCAUCGAGACAGAACCAUAUUAUUCAUACAUCCAAGAACGAUACGGUGAAGCUUUCAAAAUUAUAGAAGAAAAUACUGGACUCUCAUCAGUUAACAUCUUCACAGCUGCUGGACUUCAGAACGGCAUGGUAGUACAACAAGAAAUUGGUUAUCCUCUGGAAGAAUGGACUAAAAGUGUAUAUCCAGAACCUUUAAACUCAGCACUUGUCGAUGCUUAUUAUCUUUAUACCAAUACCACUGCUUUAAGGAAAACUGCAACUGGGUACCUUUUGAAAAAAAUACUGGCCGAUACAGAAAGUAAAAUUAAUGGUACCAUCAGUCCAUCCAGCAGGAAAGUAUUUGUGUAUUCUGCCCACGAUAUGAAUGUAGGAUCGUUCCUUCUUUCUCUAGAACUUUAUAAGCUGGUAGAGAAUCCACCAUAUGGUUCCCAUAUCUUGAUUGAGCUUCACAAAAUUCGUGGAGUAUAUGGAAUCAGAUUGUUUUACCAAAAUUAUGAGCAACGUAAUCCAAUACCGCUGAAACUUGCAAACUGUGGCUAUUUCUGUCCAUACGAUGAAUUUUAUGAACAAGUGAGUCAUUUAAUACCAGACGAUGAUGAUUGUGUUUCUUCUGAAUCAUCAACAGCUGCUGCAUUUGCCAUACCAUUUGGUUGGUAAACUGUGUGACAAUAAAGUUAA